UCCAAGAAAUGCCACUCCCACCUGACGCUUUUUCCACGUUCUUCUGUAUUGCCGACGGUGCAUCUUCUCCUUUCUCCCGGUCUGCAACUUCGUUCUUCUCCCCACGUUCCUUUUCCUGCUUUAUCCGCGUUUACUUUUUUCUUUCUCAUCCACGACAACGAACCGCGUUUCCCAAGGACUUUUCCGUAAUAUCACUAUCAACAUGUCCCCCUCCCUAGUCUCUCCCAAUCCUUCUCAUCUCUUUUCAUCGUCCAUUCAUUUUGAAAACCCUAGUCUCAUACAAUUCCUCAAAUUCACGCAACCUUUUAGCUCUUAAUUAACUGGGGGUAGACUAGUACUAGAAGUAGUAAUUCGAUAAUUUAUGGCUGAGAACGGUGAGGAGAAACUAUUGGCUGUGGCGAGGCACAUCGCGAAGACGCUGGGCCACAACGAGACAAUGGCGGACGAUAUUUUGCAGAUCUUCUCCAACUUCGACGGCAGGUUUUCUCGAGAGAAGCUGUCCGAGAAAAACGGGAUCGACGAGGACGAUCCCAGAGGCUGCGCCGCUCUCGAUCACACUCUCAAGUCCCUGGACCGUCAGAUUUCCCAGUUCGUGGCGGCUGACAACCCGAUCUGGGCGGACUCAGCCGAUUCCGCGGCCUUCCUCGACGCCGUCGACGAGUUGAUCGCCACCAUCAGGGACUGGAGCCCCAUGGCCAGGGACAAGACCGUCUGCGCGUUGCUGGGACGCGCGGAGGACCUGAUGCAGCAGGCCAUGUUCCGCAUCGAGGAAGAGUUCAGGUCCUUGAUGGAGCGUGGCGGCGAGUCGUAUGAGCUGAGUCGCGAGUCAGCGGGAAAUCUCUCCUUCGACUCGGAGGAAGAAGACGAAGAAGGAGAGGACCACGAAAUCCCCGUAGCACAGCCAGUCACCGAUUACGACGUCGUGAUCGACGCGCUCCCUUCCGGCACGAUCAACGAUCUCCACGAGAUAGCGAAGCGCAUGGUGGCCGCGGGGUUCGGCAAGGAGUGCUCGCACGUGUACAGCAGCUGCAGGCGCGAGUUCCUGGAGGAGAGCCUGUCCAGGCUAGGGUUACAGAAGCUGAGCAUCGAUGAGGUCCACAAGAUGCCAUGGUCGGACAUCGAGGAGGAGAUCGAACGGUGGGUAAAGGCAUCGAACGUCGCGCUCCGGAUCCUCUUCCCCAGCGAGCGCCGCCUCUGUGAUCGCGUCUUCUUCGGCCUCUCCUCUGCCGCCGACCUCUCCUUCAUGGAGGUCUGUCGAGGAUCGACGAUUCAGCUCCUGAAUUUUGCCGAUGCCGUUGCCAUCGGGAGCCGGUCGCCGGAGCGGCUGUUCAAAGUUCUCGAUGUUUUCGAGGCUCUGAGAGAACUCUUGCCCGAGUUCCACUCGGUGUUCUCGGAUCAGUAUUGUAUGGUUCUUGGGAACGAAGCCGUAACGAUUUGGAAGAGGUUAGGAGAAGCGAUCAGAGGCAUUUUGAUGGAAUUGGAAAAUCUGAUCCGUCGGGACCCCGCAAAAGCUCCGGUGCCCGGCGGCGGGCUCCACCCGAUGACCCGCUAUGUGAUGAAUUAUCUCCGAGCUGCUUGCCGAUCGCUCAAAACUCUCGAGCAAGUUUUCGACGAGAAUGUGGUUCCACCUUCGAAGCUUGGCGAUGAUCGAGGAGGAUCAUCGACGUCAUUGUCGGUUCAGAUGGCUUGGAUUAUGGAGCUAUUUGAGAGUAACUUGGAGGCGAAGGCGAAGAUUUACAAGGACCCUGCUCUGUCCGCUGUUUUCAUGAUGAACAAUGGGAGGUAUAUAGGCCAAAAGGUCAAAGAUAGCGAACUUGCCUCGCUCUUAGGCGAUGAUUGGAUUCGAAAACACACCGCAAGAAUCCGGCAAUGGCAUGUGAGUUUCCAAAGAAGCUCAUGGAAUAAGGUUCUAGGAGUGUUGAAGCUAGACAAUAACUCGUUAGCUCCUAAUGCUGCUGCAAAAACCAUAAAAGACAAGAUUAAGUUGUUCAACACAUUCUUUGAGGAGAUUUGUGAGGCUCAAUCUGGUUGGGUGGCUUACAAUGAUCAGAUGAGGGAGGACUUGAGGAUGUCGAUAAUGAAGCUUUUGUUGCCGGCGUACCAGAGCUUCAUUGGAAGGUUGCGAAAUGUUCCAGAGCUGGGGAAGCAUGUGGCGAGGCAUAUCAAGUACGGUGCGGAGGAAAUUGAGGCUCGGAUUAAUGGCCUGUUUCAGGGAAAUGCUGGAUUGGCCGGUCACCGGAAGUGAAGGUAAGAUGCCACAGAUAGGUGUUGUAUGUAUGUAUAAAUUUUUAGUGCAAGUUUUUACGAAUUUUUAUGCUGUUUGAAUUCAGUUUGAAUGAUUUGUGCCUAUACUAGAAGUUUCUAGUAUCAUUUGUGAAUGAAAAUCAUGAAUGGUUGCAGGAUUGAAUUUAGUGUUUGGAGAUUAGGUUGCUAGUUAGUGUUCUAAAUUGUAUAUCGGAUACUGCUUUGAUUGGAAAAAUCAGUUUAAACAAUUGCUGGAUGCUCUAUUAGAUUUGGAAA